AUGUCGAAAGCUAUUAUCAGUUCGAUAUGUUUGUUAUUAGUUGUUUUUGUUCCAGUUAUUGACGGUCGGAUAGCACGAUUGGGAGAUGGUGCUAAUGGUGGUGUGGAUUGUGCAGUUUGUUCCAUUGUCUUAGGUCUUGUUGAUAAACUUUCCAUUGUUUAUAAUACGAGUAUUGUCAAUUCGCUUGAACGACUCUGCUCAAUUCUACCAGGUGAAUAUAAGGUAUACUGCAAAGUAGCGGUAGAUUUUCUCGGUCCUUAUAUUGUGGAUGGUUUUAUCAAAGGCGACAAUCCUGAUGUUAUCUGUCAUAGUCUGAAACUAUGCCAUGAUACGCCCGGUCAACCAAAAUGUCGUAUCUAUCCGACAAAUUCUGGCAUAUCAAUACCGGAACGAGCAAAGAAUCUUCGAGAACGGCAUCCAUUGGUUAACCUUCUUUUGAUGAAGUCGAAAAUUUGCGAUUUUCCAGGUAUAAAAGAAAUUUGUAAAAUUCUUGAAAACGUUUUCAAUAACCACCUACCUCUGGUCGAUCUCGAUCACGAUAAAUUUGGUGUCGAAACAACACUACGCGGUAGUUCAUGGCGAGGCAAGGAUUGUGACGAUGCCUCUGCUAAAGUUCAUCCUGGUGCACGUGUUGCCAACAGUGAUUCAAUUAUUGAUCACAACUGUAACGGUAUUUUUGGCAUGGAUUCAGCAACAGGCUUGGCUUGGGAAGAUAAAUUCUGUAACGAUUCACAACGUUUAGGUAUCGCUGUGUUAGGUGAUUCAAUUUCAGCACAUUUCCAUAUUCCUGAACAAUGGCUUGAUGCUCGCGAAUUUUCCGAAGCUGCUUUCGAACAUCUAGGCUUCAUUCUAGAAAAUGAACUUGAUUGGCCACAAAUGUCAGCUAGUACAGGUCACGUCAAUGUUUCUUGGCCAAAUAUUGAAGGUCCUGUUCGAUCACUCUACAGUCGUCUAUUCGAACUUGAUCAUUGCAAUCAUCGAGAUUAUCAAAAUAUUGCUGUUAACGGAGCUCGUAGUGGAGCUAUGCUCGAUAUCAUGAAAUCAUUAUCACGUGAUCCCCAAAAUGAUGUACCGCUACUCGUUAUCUACUCUUUAGUUGGCAAUGAUGUUUGUAAUGGUCAUCCCGACACAUUUGAUCAUAUGACAACCGUUGAAGAAAUGCGUCAGAAUGUAUAUAAUGCUCUUGAACGUCUGGAUACAGUUUUACCCAAAGGUAGUCAUGUAGUAACAACUGGCCUGGCUAAUGGUAGUAUGUUAUAUGACCUUUUGCACAAUCAUAUUCAUCCAUUCGGUCGUGUUGGUGUUCCACUUACAUAUCCUCAAAUGUAUGAUUAUCUUUCUUGUUUACAAAUUUCACCAUGUAAUGGGUGGUUAACGUCAAAUGCUACACUUCGUGAUUUGACAACACAACAUGCUGUUGCAUUAUCAGCUGCUGUACGAAAUGCUUCAUUAAGUUAUCAAUCACGUAACUAUGAUAUCGAUUAUCUCGAUUUUCCAUUCGAUGCAGUCAUUCAAGAAUGGGUUGCUCAGGGUGGUCAACCAUGGCAAAUUAUUGAAAGUGUCGAUGGAUUUCAUAUCAAUCAAUACGGUCAUGCUCUUGUUUCUGACGUUCUCUGGGCAUGGUUACAAAAAGAAAAACCACAUUGGCUACCAUCUGUUAAUCCACACAAUGCAGACAUUGAACGUGUUUUCAAAGAUCAAGGUGGAUAUUAA